AUGGAAAGCAGUACAACCCAGACACAGUCUCCGGCCACUCCGAUCUACAUCUUGCGUGGGCAUGGCGCACCAAUACACGCACUACACAUCUUCAACCAGAACCUACGCCUAGCAUCCGGCGACGCCAACGGCUGGAUCGUGAUCUGGGACCUAGUCACCAAACGCCCAACAGCAGUAUGGAAAGCGCACGCAGGUGCCGUGCUAGAACUAAAAGGAUUCAAUUUUGACUCAGGCGUGACCGAGAUCUACACACAUGGCCGCGACCACAAGCUCUGCGUCUGGAAGAUCCGAUUAGAAGAUGAAGAAUUCCUAGACAAGACGCUUCCAGUCGACAUGGCUGAUCCCAUCGAGGAGGGAAGCAAGACUCAGCCAUGGCUGCUCCACUCCAUGCCCGUGAACGCGCUCAAUUUCUGCGCGUUUUCUAUGAAAUUCACCAAUGACGAUGGCCUUUCUGUUUCUCCAUCGCCAGCUUCGGAGAAGCCAAAAAAUACGCUUUUCGCAGUUCCCAAUGCCUUGGACUCCGGCGGUGUCGAUAUCUUCCACCUGCCAUCCGAGCGCCGAAUUAGCACCAUUCCAUCUGAAUCAUCGACAAAGACUGGAAUGCUGAUGGCUGUCAAUAUCUUCGUGACCCCAGUUGGGGAUCUCUUCGUGGUUUCGGCGUACGAGGAUGGCCAGGUGAUGGUAUACGCUCAUCGCGGGGCGUUAAAAGCGGCCAGUUUUGAGAUUGAGCAUAUCAGAAACUACCCUUUGAAAUGGGAGAGGCUUUAUGCUGCUCGUCCCCAUACCCAGCCCGUUCUUUCGCUUGAUGUCGCUGCCUGUCAUACCCAUUUUGUUUCUUCCUCUGCUGAUGCCUUGAUUGUCAAACAUCCCAUUCCGAGUCUCGCUUCUGCUGGCUAUAUCCCUACUGCUGGCUACAAGGAGGAAUCGCCCCUGAAAGUUGUUAAUACCAGACACUCGGGUCAGCAGGGCCUGCGCAUUCGGUCUGAUGGGAAAGUGUUUGCUACUGCUGGGUGGGACAGUAGGGUACGAGUGUACUCCGGGAAGACAAUGAAAGAGCUCGCUGUGCUGAAAUGGCAUCAAGAUGGAUGCUAUGCUGUGGCAUUUGGUGGGAUUGGAACGCCUUCAUCUGCCAAUUCUGCCGCACAGCAGUCCCCAACUACGAGCGAAACAGAAGUCUUUGCGCGCGAGUACUCUCUCGCCAGUGUACAGCAACAACGGAAUCGAAAAGUCCAGCAGACUCAUUGGUUGGCGGCAGGUUCCAAAGACGGGAAGAUUUCAUUAUGGGAUAUUUACUGA